GAACCUUCUCACUGUAACUCAGCUGAACUCACAUCUCCUGCCAACAUGACCUACAGCUGCUGCUCUGGAAACUUCUCUUCCCGCUCCCUUGGGGGCUACCUGCGCUACCCAAGCUCCUCCUGCGGCUCUUCUUCCCCCAGCAACCUGGUCUACCGCACUGACCUCUGCUCUCCCAGCACCUGCCAGCUGGGCUCCUCCCUCUACAGCGGCUGUCAGGAGACCUGCUGUGAGCCCACCAGCUGCCGGACGUCCUGCGUGGUGUCCGGCCCCUGCCAGACGUCCUGCUCCCUCCCGAGGACCUCCACGUUCUGCAGCCCCUGCUGGACUGCUUACCCUGGGUCUGUGGACUGUGGAUCCAGAAGCUGCCAUUCCCUGGGCCGUGGGUCCAGCUUCAGACCUCUGGGUUAUAGAGUCUGUGGUUUCCCUUCCCUGAGCUAUGGAUCCAGUUUCUGCCGCCCAACCUACUUCUCCUCCAGGAGCUGUCAGUCAUCAUGUCACAGGCCAACCUGUGGAUCUGGAUUCUGUACAUCCACUUGUUAA